GCUUGGAGGAGCACACUGGAAGAGGAGGAGGAAGAGGAGGAGGAGGCCGCUCAGUAUCCAGUGCAUGCUGCUGUUGCUCCUGCUCUUGCUGGGGACUGUUGCCACGAUUUUGUUUGUCUGCAACUGGCAUCGCAACCUCGCCAGCGGGAAGGAUCCCAUCAAAUCGGUGCUGUCAGGACGCGCCAAGAGCCGCGUGGGUCUUCGAACGCAUCAUUUUCGUUCAGAGGGCUUCAGACACAGUCCACGUCACGCCAAGAGGAGCACACAGCAUGCUCGAGUGACAGAGGACAAGUCCAACCUGGUUGAGGUCCCCAGGAGUGAGCCCGAGUCCUCAUCGACUCUAAGGAAGCGCAAAGUGAAGAAGCGGGUCCUGCCGGAGUUUUACCAGUCUGUGCAAGUCACUCCAACACGCAAACCUAGCUCAGGUUCGGGGAACCCUUCCCUCCACUGCUCCAUGUCUUCCUCCGCGGAUUUGUCCGAAGAUGAAGAUUACAGCUUCAAAUCGGGGUCGGCCUCACCGGCACCGGGCGACACUCUGCCGUGGAAUCUGCCCAGACAUGAGAGGUCCAAGCGGAAGAUACAGGGAGGGUCCGUGCUGGAUCCAGCGGAGAGAGCUGUGCUCAGAAUUGCAGAUGAAAGAGACAGAGUGCAAAAGAAGACGUUCACAAAAUGGAUAAACCAGCACCUGAUGAAGGUACGGAAGCAUAUAAAUAACCUGUAUGAAGACUUGAGAGAUGGACAUAACUUGAUCUCACUGCUCGAGGUCUUGUCUGGCGACACAUUGCCUCGGGAGAGAGGAAGGAUGCGCUUCCACAGGCUCCAGAAUGUACAAAUUGCGCUGGAUUAUUUAAAGAGACGACAGGUCAAACUUGUAAAUAUCAGGAAUGAUGACAUCACAGAUGGCAACCCCAAACUGACCCUGGGAUUGAUCUGGACCAUAAUAUUGCACUUUCAGAUCUCGGAGAUUCACGUCACGGGCGAGUCCGACCACAUGACGGCAAAGGAGAGAUUGCUGCUCUGGUCCAAGCAGCUAACAGACGGCUAUGUCGGCGUACGAUGCGACAACUUUACGACAUCCUGGAGAGACGGGAGGCUCUUCAACGCCAUUAUUCAUAAAUACAGACCCGACCUAGUUGACAUGAGCCGGGUGUCCACACAGACCAACCGCUCCAAUUUAGAGAAUGCAUUCGGUGUGGCUGAGCAACUUGGGGUGGCCAGACUGCUGGACCCUGAGGACGUAGAUGUUCAAACUCCUGAUGAAAAGUCCGUCAUCACGUAUGUCUCAACCCUGUAUGACGCCUUCCCUAAAAUACCUGACGGUGGAGAAGGAGUUAGCCCCAAUGAUGUUGAUAUCAAAUGGGUGGAGUACCAGAACAUGAUCAAAUACCUCACCCAGUGGAUCAAACACAAUGUAGCUGUGAUGUCUGAUAGAUCAUUCCCCAACAAUCCUGCUGAACUUAAGGCACUUUACACACAAUACCUGCAAUUCAAAGAACGCGAGAUCCCGCUGAAAGAAAACGAGAAGACAAAAAUCCAAGAUCUCUACAAAAUGCUCGAGGUGUGGAUCGAGUUUGGACGUAUUCAGUUACUGCCGGGUCAUCACCCCAACGACGUGGAGAAGGAGUGGGGCAAACUUAUUGUUGCCAUGCUGGAAAGAGAGAAGAGCCUGAGGCCAGAGGUGGAAAGGCUUGAAAUGCUGCAGCAGCUCGCAAACAGAGUCCAGCGAGACUGUGUUCAUGGUGAAGACAGGCUCACGUUGGCUCGAAGUUCCCUGCAAUCUGAUGUUAAACGUCUUGAGUCCGGCAUUCAGUUCCAACAUGAAGCCGAGAUUGCUGGCUACCUGUUGGAGUGUGAGAAUAUCCUCAGACAACAAGUGGUGGACAUCCAGGUCCUUCUCGAUGGCAAAUUUCCUUUCACAAAUCAACUAGUUCAAAGGGUAUCAAACCUACGGGAUGAUCUCCUAUCCCUGAGAACGCAGUAUGCUUCCGUGUACAGCAAAGGGCGCAUGUUAACAACAGAGCAGACCAAAAAGAUGAUCUCAGGCAUCACUCAGAGCCUGAAUUCUGACUUUUCCCAGAACAGUUCCACAUUCACCUCGAGCCUUACCCCGGGUGCUUCAGAGCAGACUUACAUUAGUAGCAGACAUGGGACACACAUGCAGAUCCCCAAACCCUCAAUGAAGUCCUCACUGGCUGAUUCCAGCUUGACUGAAGAAGAAGUGAACAUGAAAUAUGUUCAGGACCUGUUGAACUGGGUGGAAGAGAUGCAGUUACAAUUGGAUCGCUCGGAGUGGGGAUCUGACCUGCCAAGCGUGGACGCACAUUUAGAUAGCCACAAAACCGUACACAGAGCCAUUGACGAAUUUCAGACGAGUCUUAAAGAGGCCAGACUCAGCGAGAUUCAGAUGAAUCCACCCUUGAAACUUGCCUAUUCCGAAAAACUGAGCAGUUUAGAGAAGCAGUAUGACAAACUACUGAGCUGUUCAAGAGAUCGUCAAAGCUCCUUGGAGAGCCUGCAGGACUUUGUGUCGCGGGCAACCCGUGAGCUCAUCUGGCUCAAUGAGAAGGAGGAAGAGGAGGUCGCAUUUGACUGGAGCGAUCGCAACAGCAACGUGUCCAAGAAAAGAGAUUACCACGCUGAUCUGAUGAAGGAGCUGGAUGAAAAGGACGAAGUGAUCAAGUCUGUGCAGGCCUUGGCAGAGCGUCUUCUUUUAAGGAACCACCCAGCCAGGCUGACUAUUGAAGCGUACAGAGCUGCCAUGCAAACACAAUGGAGCUGGAUCCUGCAGCUGUGCUCGUGUGUGGAGCAGCACCUUAAAGAGAACGCUGUUUACUUUGAGUUUUUCAGUGACGCCAAAGAAUCCAUGGACUUCCUUAAGAGCUUACAAGACUCCAUUCAGAGAAAGUACAGCUGCGACCGAACCAGCAGCCUGCAUCGACUGGAGGAUCUCAUUCAGGAAUCCAUGGAGGAGAAAGAGCAGCUUCUUCAGUAUCGCAACACGGUCGCAGGGCUGAUGGGGAGGGCCAAGAAUAUCGUGCAGCUCAAACCCAGGAACCCUGACUGGCCUUUAAGAUCCUCCAUCCCUGUGAAAGCCAUCUGUGAUUAUAGACAGAUAGAGAUCACCAUUUAUAGAGACGACGAGUGCGUGCUGGCCAACAACGCUCACCGAGCCAAGUGGAAAGUCAUCAACCCCGCAGGCAAUGAGGCCAUGGUUCCGUCUGUCUGUUUCACUGUGCCUCCCCCCAACAAAGAGGCCAUUGACAUGGCUUUAAAAACGGAGCAGUUAUACCAGAAUGUGCUGGCGCUCUGGCAUCACUCCCACAUUAACAUGAAGAGUGUGGUGUCUUGGCAUUGUCUCAUGGAUGAUAUCAAAGCCAUCCGCCAUUGGAAUGUAGCUUCUUUCAAGACCAUGCUGCCAGGUGAGCAUGAGCAGGUCAUGAGCAACCUGCAGUCUCAUUUUAACGAGUUCCUGGAAGACUGCGAGGAGUCUGAGUUGUUCACCGUGGCGGACUGCGCUCAACUGGAGAGGGAUGUUGUAGCCUGCAAUGAGUACUACCAAGAACUUCUCAAAUCUGCAGAAAGAGAGGAACAUGAGGAGUCUUUGUACAACAGUUACAUCUCAGAAAUACGCAACUUCCGGAUGCAUCUGGAGGCCCACGAAGAACACAUGAUCAAGCAAAUCCGUACUCCACUGGAGAGAGAUGACCUGGACAAGAGUCUCCAGCGCAUCACUGGACAAGAGAAGAAGAUGGUCGAGCUGAUUAAAUUGAAGCAGGACCUGGAUACCAUAAAGGACAAGUGCGAGGUGUUCCUCAGACAAGCUGUUGGUUUUUCGUCAGCGUCGACUCUCUCUUCUGAGCUCAGCGGCGUGGUUCAGAGCAUGAACCAGGUCGACUCUAUGUCUUCUAUUCACAUUGACAAACUGAAGACACUAAGUUUGGUGGUGAAGCACAGCCAGAAUGCAGAGGCGUUAGUAAAGGCCUACGAAUCCAAACUCCUAGAAGAAGAUGCAAUAAACUAUGACCUUCAAUCCAUUGAAGCAGUCAUUACAACUCUCAAGCAAUGGAGGACAGAGAUUGAUGAAAACCAGGAAGUGUUCCACCAAAUGGAGGACGAACUGCUGAAAGCGCGGCUCAUCAGCGAUCGCAUGUUUAAGGCCCACAACGAGCGGGACUUUGACCUGGACUGGCACAAGGAGAAGGCCGAUCAACUGAAUGAGAGAUGGCAAAACGUUCACUCCCAGAUUGAUAAUCGACUCAAGGACCUGGAUGGUAUCAGCCAAUAUCUGAAGCAUUACAAAGACUCCUACUGCAGUCUUGAUGAAUGGGUUGAAGAAGUGGAAGCAGAGCAGCAGAAGGCUCAAGAAAACAAACCAGAAGAUAGCAAGGCUCUCGCCGAAGUGUUGAACAAACAAAAGGUUCUUGUUGCUGAAAUUGAACAAAAGCAGUGUGAGAUUGAUGACUGUCAGAAGUACUCAGAGCAGUGCUCAUCUUCCAUAAAGGAUCUCGAGCUGCAUCUGAUGACCUUCAGAGCGAUGGUUGACUCUCAACACAAAUCACCUCUCAAGAAACGCAAGAUGCAGACUUCCUCUGAUGCCAUCCAGCAGGAGUUUAUGGAUCUUCGCACCCGCUACACAGCCCUUGUGACUCUCAUGAGCCAGUACGUGAAGUUUGCAAGUGAAAACUUGAAGAGAACAGAAGACGAGGAGAGAUCUGUUGAUGAGGAGAAGCGAGAGCAUGGUGAUAAAGUUAGCAAACUGUUAGGGUGGAUGUCUAAUGUGAAACACAACCUGAGCAAUGAGGGGAAUUCUUUGAAAGAUAGCAAUGCCAACUCUGAUGCUUCAAAUAAACAUCAGGUGUCUGUUGAAGAAAUGGCAACAAAGAAGGAGCAGAUAGCAGAAGCGCUGAGGGCCACAGAAAUGAUGCUGAACAAACACAGUGAAAAGAUGACAGAAGAGGAGAGAGAAAAGGCCCAGGAACAGUUGAAGGAACUAAGUCAGGCCUACAGUGAACUAUCCCAGCGUUGUUCCGAUCAGCUUGCUCCUGCAGAUGAGUCCCUUUUGGCGAGGCAGCAAGAGAUUGCAGACAAGCUGGAGGAAGUGUGUGACGGUCUCACUUUGACUGAGAACCGUCUGAUUGGUCAUCAGCAGCAGGCUGACAGUGCAGAGUGUGUCGCAGACCUGCAGCAGUACCAGCAGGAGCAUCAGGCUUUGCAAAAAGACGUUUUGACAAACGCCAGCGCUUUGAAUGAGGUCAUCACUGGCACAAAAAGGUUUCUGGAGGAAAACCGGGCCAACCUGACGACGGAUCAAAUCGCUUCGAUUGAAACCAAGUUGGAUGAAGCUGAAAGCAAGGCCAAGCUGAUCCACCAGCGAGCAGAGGAAUCCAGGAAGGACUUAGAGAAGGUUGUCACCACAGCCAUAAAACAGGAGAGUGAAAAGGCUGCAGCUGUUGAGCGACUUGAGGAAAGCAAAAACAAAAUAGAAGGUCUACUGGAGUGGAUGUCCAACAUCGGCAAUGAAAAUGAGAGGAGAGCUAUUGAUCAGACUGACUCUAUAAGCAAAGAGAACGGAAACCUGCCAGAAGAGACAUCCGAGAAGUUACGGAAAGGAGAGAGGGAUGAUGCCAAUGGAAAUAGUCUGCAACGCAGUGAAAGUGAUUUUGACGGGAAGAAGGAUGCCAGCAUGGAUGUUGACAAACAGUAUGAAAGAUUGAAGGCUCGCCAUCAGGAGAUUCUGUCCCAGCAGCAGGAUUUAAUCGUGGCCACCCAGUCGGCCCAGGCCCUCUUGGAUAAGCAAGCCAAUGUUUUGUCUCCAAAUGAGAAGGAAAAACUGCAAAAGAACAUCCUGGAACUUAAGGGUCGCUAUGACGCCUCCCUGACCCAGGCUGAGCAGCAGAUGAAGCAGAUGCAGAGCGUCCAGGAGGAACUGAAGAAAUUUCAGGACGAUUCCGAGGAGUUUGAGGACUGGUUAGCGCAGGCUGAGGGCGAGAUGGAGCAACUGAGCGCCUCUGAGUGCUCACUAAACAUCCUCAACGAUAAACUCCUCCGACAGAAGAGCUUCUCUGAGGAUGUCAUCUCUCACAAGGGGGACCUUCGUUUUAUUACCAUUUCGGGCCAGAAGGUACUGGAUGUGGCCAAAGCCUGUGGGGUAUCUGACCCAAUGUCUAAAAACGGCCAGAUGCAAGUGGACACUUCAGGAACCUGUUCUGCUGUCAAGGAUAAGCUGGACUCUGCAGCCAGUCGAUACAAGACUCUACACUUGCAGUGCAAUCAGCUCGGCAACAACCUCAAAGAUGUUGUUGACAAGUACAAGCGGUAUGACGACUCCAGCACGGCCCUCGUGAAGUGGCUCGGGAGCUCCGAGGAGGAGGCCAGGAAGCAGCAGUCAGAAGCCAUCGCAGCAGAGCCGCAAAUGCUGCAGAAACAGCUGGAGGACACCAAGGCUUUGCAAGGGGAAAUGAGCGGGCAUCAAACUGCUAUUGACACGCUACGCAAAACAGCUGAGUCCUUGGUCACAUCUGAAGGGAACCUGCUGCGCAACUUAGAUGAGAUCCAGGAGACAGUAGAUGACAUUGUAGAGCGUUACGACAACCUGUCCAAGUCCGUGAGUGAUCGCAAUGAGAAACUGCAGAUCACUUUGACUCGCUCCAUGAGUGUCCAGGAUGGACUGGAUGAGAUGAUGGGGUGGAUGAAGGGAGUUGAGGCCAGUGUGGAAGAGAAUGGACAAAUUCCACUGGACUCUGCAUCUAUCAAAGACAUGCUCAGCAAAGAAACAGCCAUAGAGCAGGACAUAGCAAGUCGCCAGAGCAGCAUCUCAGCCAUGAAAUCCAAAGUGAAGAAGUUCGUAGAAACUGCCGACCCCUCCGCUGCGGUCCUCCUGCAGUCUAAGAUGGACGCUCUCUCGCAACGCUUCUCAGAUGCCUGCGACAAGCACAAGCAGAAAGUUUCGCAUCUGGACCAGUUGAAAGACAAAGUGGAGGAAUUCGAGAGCGUUGCAGAUAAAGUCCAACAGUUUGUCGUGAAACGUACCCAAGAUCUGCAUGAAACGGACGGGCCAGGGAAGACCUUCGAAGAACUCUCCGAACUAACACAGAAAACAAAAGCUGAGAUGGCUGAACAUUCCAGUGAUUUGGAGAAGUUGCAGACUAUAGCCAGGGAGCUGUGUGAAAUAAGCACAGACGGUAACAGAGCGCAGAUCCAGAGCAAGAUGGACGAUCUGUCAAACAUCUUCAGCACCUUCAAAGACACCGUCAAAGAAAAGGAGGGGGAGGUAUUGUCCUGUAAAGACCUUCUGGGCGAGUUCAGGACGGCAGCCAGUGCUCUCAGCAAGUGGCUGGAGGAGACUAACGAGAAGGUGCCUGUGGCCCAGACAAGUUGCAGUGCUAAAAGUCUGGAGAAGGAUCUCCAGAUAGUCACUGGAUUACUAGAAGAAUGGACGUCUAAAGGUCCUGCUGUGCAGGACUUGAACAACAGGGGAUCAUCACUAUGCAGCCACAUCGCUAUCCUCACAUCCCCUGCCAAAGCAAAGAUACCUAAUAAGUCAGUAGCCCUUACUAAUGGUGGUGGUCCAGCGAGCCAUUCGUACUUAACCAAUAAAGAGCUGAUGACAAUUCAGCAAAACAUGUCCUUCGUCAACGAGGGCUACUCCAGUCUGGGUGACGCUCUGAAGAGUCAAGCGGCCGAGCUGAGUGGAGCUGUGCGCGAGCUGAAGGACGCCAAAAAGGAGACGGACAACAUGAUGACGUGGCUGGAGGACAUGAAGAAGACCACAGCAUCUUGGAAAAAUGGAGCCACGGAGAAAGACGCUGUUAAAACUCAGCUUGAACAGCAGAAGGUGUUUGAAGACGACAUGAAGCAGAAAAAAGAUCAGCUUCACAAGCUGAGAGAGAAACUCCUCCACUUGAUUGAAACUCAACCAAACUCCCAAGAGGCAGCCAAAUGGAAGCAGAUGUUAGCAGACAUAGAUGCUGCUUGGGAAGACAUCAGCGGCUCAGUGGUGGAGAGGAAGCAGCACCUGGAGCAGUCCAACAAGAAUCUGGACAUCCUCCAAACCACUCAGCUGCAGCUUGGCCAGUGGCUGUCGGAGAAGGAGCUGAUGAUGAGUGUCCUUGGGCCCCUCUCCAUUGACCUUAACAUGCUUAAAAUGCAGAAGCAACAAGUCCAGAUCCUCCAGAAUGAGUUCAAAAGCCGAAAGCCUCAGUACGAUCAACUCAACGAAGCUGCUUCUGCCAUCCUAAACUCGUCGGGUAACCAUGACCCCUCGAACAGUAAGCAGGUGAGGGAGCAGCUCACUGCCGUCACUGAGAAGUGGCAAGGUCUUAUGGGACUGCUGGACCGGCGCGAUGACCUCAUCGACCAGGCUGUGGAGAAGACGGGAGAGUUCCAAGACCUGCUUAGCACUCUCAGCCAGACCGUUACUCAGCUUGAAGGUCAGCUUGGCAACCAUCAGGCCUGCAGCACCCAGCCCGAUGCGGUGAAGAAGCGUCUGGAGGACGUCCAUAAUAUCUCGGUUCAGCUGAGAGAUGAGAGGAAGAAGCUGAAGCAGGCUGAGGGCAUUCAUGCAGAGCUCACAGCGAUGGUGACUGAGGACUACCUCAAGGCGGACUUAGCCAGGCAGUUGGAGAGUGUCAGCAAACCUUUUAGACAGCUGGAAGAGAAAACAGCCAAACAAAUUGAGCAGCUGAACUCGACCUUCGCCAGCUCCCAGCAAUUCCAUCAAACCUCCAAAGACUUCCAGUCAUGGCUGGCUGAGAAGCUGCGGGACCAGUCGAAGCCUCUGCCCAUCUCUGCCAAAGCUGACGUCCUUCAAAAAACGCUGGAUGCGCACAGUAAACUGCAGGCGGCUCUCAGUGAACAGGAGGCCACGUACAACACAAUAGCAGGCGAAGGGGAGAUGCUUCUGCAGAGUACUGACGGUGCAGAGAAGUUGGCACUGCAGGGGCAACUGUCACUUCUGUCUUCUAACUGGCAGGAAGUAAAGAAGAGCUCAGGGGAGCAGGUUGAAAAACUUAAAGCCACUCUUCAGAGGGUACAGAAGUUUGAAGAACACAGAGAGAAGCUGAGGCCUUGGGUGUUGGAGUGUGAGGCCAUUGAAGGUCGGAUCAAACUUGCUGUGGAGCCUGCUGCCGUGGAUAACGCUAUCUCGCAAGUGAAAGUUCUCCAGAAGGAUGUGGACAAGCACAGGGGGAUGUUGGAGCAGCUCAACACCGCCGCAGAAAGCCUUCUUGAGGUGGCAAAUACUGACACUGAAGAAAUCAAAGACGAGGCAGCAAACAUCUCUGAAAGGGUGGACAGCGUAUUGGAAGGUCUUCAGAGCAAAAAGGAAUCCUUGGAGAAGAUUUCUCAUGCAGUUAAAGAAUUUAAUGAAGGCUCCAAAGAAGCCAAAUCACAUCUUGAGGGAGCUAAGAAGCUUCUGGUUGCUUAUGAAUCACAAGGACUGCAGGGACAAAGCAAUAAGAACUUAACUAACAUGAAAGCCCAACAGAAGAGUCUAGGAGGAGUGCAAAAUCAAGUAGAACACCUGAAAAGCUUGGCAACGUCUCUUGUAGUUGACGUUCCAAACGCUGACGGAGUGACAGACCUCUUACUUCAAGCAGACAGCAUAGAACAAGAAUACAGCACCCUAAAUAUGAAGCUGGAGGAGACUUGCAAGGUCCUGGAAGGUAAAUUGCAAGGAAUCGGGCAGUUCCAAAACAACAUCCGUGAGAUGUUCACCCGCUUCACAGACCUGGAUGAUGAGUUGGACAGCAUGGCUCCAGUGGACUUGGACUUGCUGGUUCUGAAAGAGCAGCAAGACAGCAUUGAGAGCUUCGUCGUCAAGUUGCAAGAGCUGAUGGUCAACACGGCCAACGCAGGGGACGGCUGUAAGAGGAUGCUUGAGACUGAUGCUUCACCUGACCUGUUGGGCCUGAAGAGAGACCUAGAUGCUCUGAGUAAGCAGUGUGGCAAGCUCAUGGACCGAGCCAAAGGCAGGGAGCGGCAGGUGCAGAGUACUCUCGUCAAGCUAGAGGAGCUCUGCGGAAAACUCCAGCUGGUGGAUGAUCAACUUUGCAGCGCUGUGAACAAGGAGGCAUCUCAGGGGGCGGUCGGCAUGGAGACGGACAUCAUCAAUCAACAGCUGGAGGCCUUUAAGGCUUUCCAGAAAGAAGAAAUUGAUCCUUUGCAGACACAACUCCAAGACAUCAAUUCCCUCAGUCAUGGGCUGAUCCAGAACGCCGCCAGAGGAACCAACACAAAGAAGCUUGAGGAUGACCUGGAGAUGGUUAACACAAAGUGGAACACACUCAAUAAAAAGAUUGCUGAGCGCUCGGCCCAGCUGCAUGAAGCCCUGUUGCACUGUGGAAGGUUCCAUGAUGCUUUGGAGUCUCUGCUCGGCUGGUUGACUGACACAGAAGAACUCAUGGCCAAUCAGAAGCCGCCCUCGGCAGAGUUUAAAGUAGUCAAGGCACAGAUACAAGAGCAGAAACUUUUACAGAGACUAUUGGAUGACCGAAAGCCCACAGUGGAGCUGAUAAAAAAAGAGGGAGGGAAGGUUGCGGAACUGGCCGAAUCUGUGGACAAGGAAAAGGUUGCAAAAGAGAUCGAAUCAUUGGGGCAGAGGUGGGACACACUGCUCAAGAAGGCUGAAAACAGGAAUAAGCAACUGCAAAGCAUUUUGGUGGUCACUCAGCAGUUCCACGAGACAUUGGAGCCCCUGAGCGACUGGCUUGCCGCCACAGACAAACGCCUUUCCAACUCUGAACCAAUCGGCACCGAAACGUCAAAGCUGGAAGAUCAGAUCUCUCAUCAUAAGGCCUUUGAGGAGGCAAUUAUGAGUCGAAGUAAAGACCUGUUUCAGGCCGUUAGUCUGGGUCAAACGCUCAAAGCUGUGAGCUCAGCAGACGACAAGGACUUUGUUCAGUCCAAGCUGGACGCCACGCAGGCCGCUUACAUCGAACUGCAGGAACGCUGCAGGAGGAAAACCGAGAUGCUACAGCAGGCCCUGGCCAACGCUCAGCUCUUUGGGGAGGACGAGGUGGCGCUCAUGAACUGGCUCAGCGAGGCGCAUGCACGGCUGAGCGAGGUAUCCGUGGAGGACUACCUCAUAGACACCCUUGAAAGGCAGAUGGCAGAACAACGGGCUUUACAAAGUGAUAUUGAAUUGAGGAAAAAUAAUGUAGACCAAGCUCUCUUCAAUGGGAUGGAGCUUUUGAAGCAAACAACAGGUGAUGAGGUGGUUGUUAUACAAGGCAAACUGGAUGGAAUAAAAACAAAGUAUGCUGAGAUCACUUCCAUGAGCGGCAAUGUUAUGAACACACUGGAGCGGGUUUUGAGUCUCUCCAACAAGGUGCAGCAUACCCAUGAGGAACUGAGUUCCUGGAUGGGGAAGGCCGAGGCUCAGGUUACUUCCUAUAUGGAUCGAGAACCAGUCGGCGAGCAGCUCACUCAGGCCCAAAACAUGCAAAAGGCCUUGCUGAAGGAGACCAAAGACCAAAAAGGUGUAGUCGACAAGUUGAAUGAGUUGAGCGGUUCCCUCCUGGAUCUCAUCCCCUGGCACACCCGAGAAGGUCUUGACAAGCUGGUGACAGAGGACAAUGAGCGUUACCGAGCCAUCUGUGACAGCAUCACUCAGCAGGUCGACCGGAUCAACGCCGACAUACUCAAAUCGCAGCAGUUUGAGCAAGCAGCAGACUCGGAACUGGCCUGGCUGGCGGAUGCUGAGAAGAAGUUGUUGUCCAUGGGGGAGAUUAAACUGGGACAAGAUCAAACCGCAGCCCAGCUCCAAGCACAGAAGAUCUUCUCUAUGGACAUCAUGAGGCACAAAGAUGCUGUGGAUGAGAUUGUAAAAACAGGAACGGCCAUGAUGAGCAGCAAAAAGCCAGAGGAAAAAGAGCUCUUAAAGACCAAGACCAAGACUCUCGCGGAGAAGUACGGUGCUGUAAGUCAGCUGAACUCAGAGCGCUCUCUGCAGCUAGAGCGAGCUCAGAAUCUAGCAAGCCAGUUCUGGGAAACCUACGAAGAGUUGUCACCGUGGCUUCAGGAGACCCUGACCACCUUCAACCAGCUGCCCCCGCCCGCCAUCGAGUACGACACCUUGAGACAACAGCAAGAGGAGCUCAGGCAAAUGCGAGAGCUAAUUGCCGAGCACAAGCCACACAUCGACAAGAUGAAUAAGACCGGACCUCAGUUACUGGAGCUGAGCCCAGAAGAAGGGAUACCCAUUAGAGAGAAGUACACCACGGCUGAACAGCUAUACACACAACUGAAGGCCGAUGUCAAACAGAGGGCUUCUAAUUUGGACGAGGCCAUCUCUAAAUCCACUCAGUUCCAUGAUAAAAUCGACCCCAUGCUAGAAACUCUGGAGCGGAUUGCAGAGCGCCUGCGCCAGCCUCCUUCCAUCUCGGUGGAGGUGGAAAAAAUCAAGGAGCAGAUAACGGAGAAUAAAUGUGUCAGCAUGGACCUGGAGAAACUGCAGCCUUCCUUUGAGACCCUGAAACAACGAGGUCAAGAGAUGAUUGCACGGUCAGAAGGUGCAGACCGGGACUUAUCUGCCAAAGUUGUACAAGACAAAUUGGACCAGAUGGUCUUCCUGUGGACCGACAUCCAAGCCUUGUUGGAGGAGCGGGAGGCCAAGCUCUUGGACGUGAUGGACCUUGCUGAAAGGUUCUGGUUUGAUCACUGCGCUUUGAUCGUCACCAUCAAGGACAGCCAGGACCUGCUGAGAGAACUGGAGGAGCCUGGAGUAGAUCCCUCGGUUGUCAAGCAGCAGCAGGAGUUUGCAGAGGGAUUUAAGGAGGAGAUUGAUGGGCUUCAAGAGGAACUAGAUUCAGUUCGAAACCAGGGAGGUGAGCUCAUGACUGCCUGUGGAGAACCUGACAAACCUGUUAUAAGGAAAAGUAUUGAUGAGGUGAACUCAGCAUGGGAAAAUCUCGAUAAGACAUGGAAAGAGCGAGUUGAGAGGCUGGAGGAGGCCAUGCAGGCUGCGGUGCAAUUCCAGGAUGGCCUGCAGGGCAUGUUUGACUGGGUGGAUAUCCUGGACAGCAAACUGGACUCCAUGUCACCUGUGGGCACAGACCUGGAAACUGUCAAGCAGCAGAUUGUCGAGCUCAAGGAGUUCAAAGUGGAGGCGUACCAUCUUCAGAUUGAGAUGGAGCGUCUGAACCACCAGGCGGGCCUCCUACUGAAGAAGGUGAAGGAGGAGGCAGAUCGCUGCACCAUCCAGGAGCCAAUGUCCGAGCUCAAGAUGCUCUGGAGUAACCUGGAUGAGAAGAUUAUCAGCCGACAGCAUAAACUGGAGGGAGGCCUUCUUGCCCUGGGCCAGUUCCAGCAUGCACUGGACGAGCUGCUGGCCUGGAUGAGCCACACUGAGGAUAUGCUUAAUGAGCAGAGAAAGACUGGUGGAGACCCCAAAGCCAUUGAGAUCGAACUGGCCAAGCAUCAUGUCCUCCAAAUUGAUGUAUUGGCUCACAAAUCGACAGUCGAGACGGUGAACAAAGCAGGCAAUGAGCUGGUACAAUCAAGCGCAGGAGAGGAAGCCUCUUGUCUCAGUAGCAAACUGGAAAACCUCAACCAGCGCUGGAAAGCCAUCCUGAAAAAGACGGAACAGAUGAAGCACCAGUUGGAAAGUGCUCUUGUGCAGGCCCAGGGUUUCCAUGGUGAGGUGGACGAUUUGCUGCAAUGGCUGAAAGACACAGAACGUCAGCUGUUGGCAUCAAAGGCUGUAGGAGGCUUACCAGACACGGCCCGCGAGCAGCUUAACGCCCAUCUGGAGUUGUGUUCUGCCUUCGAGGUAAAGGAGGAGCUGUACCAGGAGCUGUUGGCCAAAGGUCAACAGCUGCUCACCCUGACCCCUGAGGGUCCUGACAGCAAUGCAGAGCAGGACCUCGCCAACCUGAAGGACAAGUGGGAAGCAGCAGAGGCCAAAGUUGCUGAAAGGAAGGUGAAACUGGAGGAGGCCUUGACGAUGGCAACCGAUUUCCACAACUCUCUGCAGGAUUUCAUCAACUGGCUGACCCAGGCAGAGCAGACGCUCAACAUGGUGACGCCCGCCUCGCUCAUUCUGGAAACCAUCCUGUUUCAAAUUGAUGAACAUAAGAUGUUUGUGACUGAGGUCAACUCCCACAGGGAUCACAUCAUCGAGCUGGACAAGUCAGGCACUCAUUUGAAGUACUUCAGCCAGAAACAGGAUGUGGUUCUGAUUAAGAACCUGCUGCUCAGCGUGCAAGGUCGCUGGGAGAAGCUGGUGCAGCGCUCUGUGGAGCGAGGGCGUGUGCUCGACGACGCCAGGAAGAGAGCCAAACAGUUCCAUGACAACUGGAAUAAACUGGUGGAAUGGUUGGACGAAUGUGAGAAGACGCUGGACUCUGAGGUGGAAAUCGCCAACGAACCAGACAAAAUCAAGAAACAGCUGUCGCAACACAAGGAGUUCCAGAAGGCUUUGGGCAGUAAGCACUCAGUGUAUGACACCACCACACGAACCGGUCGAGCACUCAAGGACAAAACCUCGCUUCAGGAUGAUAAUCAGAAACUGGACGACAUGCUGAGCGAGCUGAGAGACAAAUGGGACACUGUUUGUGGCAAGUCCAUAGAGAGGCAAAAUAAGCUGGAAGAGGCGCUACUGUUCUCCGGCCAGUUCACAGAUGCCCUGCAGGCUCUCAUUGACUGGCUGUACAGAGUGGAGCCUCAGCUGGCUGAGGACCAGCCGGUUCACGGUGACAUCGACCUGAUUCUGAACCUGAUAGACACCCACAAGGGUUUCCAGAAGGAGCUGGGAAAGAGGACCGUGAGCGUCCAGGCCCUCAAACGCUCGGCACGGGAUCUGAUCGACAGCAGUCACGAUGAUUCCUCCUGGAUCAAAGCCCAGAUGCAGGAGCUGAGCACCCGCUGGGAGACGGUGUGUAACCUCUCGGUGUCCAAGCAGGCACGUCUGGAGCAGGCCCUGUGCCAGGCUGAGGAGUUUCACUCCACGGUUCACAUCCUGCUGGAGUGGUUGGCUGAAGCUGAGCAGAGUUUGCGUUUCCAUGGCAGCCUGCCCGAUGAUGAGGAUGCGCUGCGUGCAUUGAUUGCCCAGCACAAGGAGUUCAUGAAGAACCUGGAGGACAAGCGAGCGGCUCUGAAUAAAGCCACCGGUAUGGGCGAGGCUAUUCUGAACAUCUGCCAUCCUGACUCCAUCACAACCAUCAAACACUGGAACACAAUCAUUAAAGCCCGGUUUGAAGAGGUGCAAGCCUGGGCCAGGCAGCACCAGCAGCGACUGGCUGCAGCUUUAAGUGAGUUGUUAGCCACUCAGGAUCUGCUGGAGAAUCUGCUGACUUGGCUGCAGUGGGCUGAGUCCAACCUGAGUGACAAAGACAAGGAAACCCUGCCACAGGAGAUCCAAGAAAUCAAAAGCCUUAUAGCAGAACACCAAGCCUUCAUGGAGGAAAUGACCAGGAAGCAACCAGAUGUAGACAAGAUCACAAAAACACACAAGAGGAAGGCUGCUGUGGAACCUCAAAUCCACUCUCAGAUCCCCGUGCUGGACAAAGGAAGAUCUGGAAGAAAACGUUCUCCAACACAAACCAUGUAUGCGUCAGCGACACAAGCUCCAGUCGAAACCAAAAACCCGCGGGUGAACCUGCUGGUCAGUAAGUGGCAGCACGUGUGGCUGCUGGCUCUGGACAGGAGGAGGAAACUCAACGAUGCUUUGGACAGAUUGGAGGAGCUGAAAGAGUUUGCCAACUUUGACUUCGACGUGUGGCGGAAGCGCUACAUGCGCUGGAUGAACCACAAAAAAUCUCGCGUCAUGGACUUCUUCCGGCGCAUCGACAAAGAUCAGGACGGCAAAGUGACGAGACAGGAAUUCAUCGAGGGCAUCCUCUCCUCCAAGUUCCCAACCAGUCGAUUGGAGAUGAGCGCUGUGGCGGACAUUUUUGACCGGGACGGUGACGGCUAUAUCGACUACUACGAGUUUGUGGCAGCUCUUCAUCCCAACAAGGAGGCCUACAAACCUCUGACAGAUGCAGACAAGAUUGAAGAUGAGGUGACACGCCAAGUGGCCAAAUGCAAAUGCCCCAAACGCUUCCAAGUGGAGCAAAUUGGUGCCAACAAGUACAGGUUUUACCUUGGAAACCAGUUUGGUCUGGUUCACUGCUUACAUGACUCCGUAGUCGCCGAUGAGACAAUAGCAAACAGGGAAAAUCAAAAUCUAAGCCCUCACCUGCACGUUGCAGUUGUGGAAAGCUGUAUUCUGUUCGGAGACUCUCAGCAGCUUCGCCUGGUGCGCAUCCUACGCAGCACUGUGAUGGUGCGAGUGGGCGGCGGCUGGAUGGCUUUGGAUGAGUUCCUGGUGAAGAACGACCCUUGUCGAGUUCAUCACCACGGCAGCAAAAUGUUGCGCUCGGAAUCAAACUCGUCGAUUACUCAGUCUCCUCUAGGUUGGCAAAUCUCACACUUUCUCUCCCAGCUCCAUGAACCCACCAGUAGUGCUAAAGGCAGGACCAACAUGGAGCUGCGAGAGAAGUUCAUGGUCCCUGAAGGCACCACGCAAGUGAUGGCCAGUUUCCGCUACAGAGGCCGUCGCUCUCGACCGUCGUCCAGGGCGGCGUCGCCUAACAGAUCCAUGUCCAGUCAAAGCUGCGCCAUCCCCGCCAACCCGGCAGCCGGCUGCACUCCCAAGACGUGUCAACACAUAAGCCGCAAUUAUGAUAAGCCAUGGCUCACAAACAGCAAACCCUCCACUCCAAUUAAAUCAUCCGACUCCUUCGAGAGCCAUGGUUCGUCCUCAGAGGCGACGCCGGUCCAAGGCAGCAAGCUGCGUCUUCCUGGCUACCUGUCGGGAAAAGGCUUCCAGUCGAGCGAGGAGGGAACGUUAAUCAACGCCGCCGUGCUCAAAGCUCGAGCACAGAUGCUCGGUGAAUCGAGGAGAAGCUCCAGCAGACCAGGAAGUAAAGCAGGAAGCCGAGGGAGCAGCCGCAGAGGCAGCGACGCCUCCGACUUCGACAUCUCCGACAUCCAGUCGGUGUGCUCGGACGCCUCGGAGACCGUCGGCGACGGCACGCGGACCACGCCGCGCUCCGGGUCACGCCAACGCGGCGCCAAGCCGUCCAAGAUCCCCACGCCUCAGAAGAGAAGCACCCCCACGAGCAAACUGGCCAAAGCAGCCAAGCGAUAGUCGUCAGGAAGGAAGGCGCCACAAACACUGGAGCUGCAGACGUGUUAUUUAAAUUGUUGUAGACUUGUAAAAUAUUCCAGUAUGAUUUCAUGACGUGCGUGGAUGGAAUGUAUUUGUUUUAAUGUAUUUUUUGUGAAAAUGGUAUUUUUUAUUUUAUCAAGCCUGAUGGACUCCUUGAAACGCUCAAGGAAUGUUUGGAAAAAGUUACUGAAUGUAAUUUUGUGUCAAUUAUGUGCGCUGAACUUUGGUGUCGCAUCACGCCACUGUGUGUGUGUGUGUGAGUGUGUGUGUGUGUGUGUGCGCGCGUGUGCGUACGUGCGUGUGUGUGUGUGUGGGACGCUGCAAAUAUUUAUUUCUAAGUGCUAAUGAUAUACUUUAAAGGGCAAUGCAAUAUUAGUAGGGUAAGCACUGCAGAUACCUUUCAUAACAACAACAUUAUUACUUCCAUGUAGCAACAAACUUUGCAGUCACAAAGUCCCGUUUGCAGACCACCGACUUACUUCCCAGCAGCGUGUGAGUCAAGAACCUUCUUGUCGACACUCUCGUAGGCACAUCGCUUCAUUUCAGCUGUUACUCCAACAUUACUUUGUAAUAAAGCUGCUUGCACAAAGCUACCACAAACUG